AAAAAAAUACAAUAUGAUCUUCCCGGCGGCCCUAAUUUCUGUGCUUUUCCUAAUUUCUGCCUCCCUUGGAUCGGAAGAAUCCUGUUAUCUCUCGGAGGAGCAGGAGGACCAGUGUUCAUCGGUUUGUUAUCCUAUUGUGAAGCCUUUACUUCGCUAUUUUGAGAAAACCAACGAGAAAGAUACCCAACUCGCAAAGUGCAAUAAUGAUAACUCGGAAUUGCAUAAAAGAUAUUCUAAUUUGCUGGAAAGACAUUCGGAAGUGCAAAAGAAAUAUACGGAUGUUCUGAUUCAACUUAGCGAUGAGAAAGUUAGAUAUGAGAAGUUGCUUUCAAAGCAGCAAGAAGUUGACAAUCUAGUAAAUCAAAAAAAUAAGGAAAUCGAGCUACUAAAUGAACAAAAUAGGUACCUAGAGAAAACAAGUGAACUUGCAACGUUGACAAGUAAAUUUAGCAAAGAAAUUGACAAAAUUGGUGAAAUAGUUAAAGCUGGAGAAGUCAUAACAAAUCAACUGGCUCAUAUUAAUAAUCAGACGACGUCGAAAACAGAAACCAUAGAUCCUUGUCCUCGAGAUUUUAGCGGUAGGGUCCUCCGCGAAAUUCAAAUUCCAGGCUCAGACCCGUUUAAAGUGGUUUGUGUGUCAACUUCGAAGAUUGGAUCUGGAUGGCUCAAGGUUUAUAGUUCAGUUCCUUCUUCAGAAAUAUUAAAUCGCACGUAUGAGGAAUAUGAACGUGGAUUCGGAGAUUUCGGACCUUUACGGGACGAUGAGUUCUUUAUUGGACUCAAACGAUUACAUCUUCUAACGAUUAAAAACCAUUAUGAGAUUAUUUUAGACACCACUGCUGGGUACAAAAGAUGCGACCACUUUGUUGUGGGCGUUCGACGCGAAGGUUAUGAGGUGAAAAAUAUUGAAAAUUGUACCGGACCCAACGUAAGGAUAAUCCCUAAGCUGGGCUCCAAAUUUUCCACCUUCGAUCGAGAUGAGGAUGGAGUUUCUGGUCGUAAUCUGGCGAAGGAACUGGGCUUUGGCUGGUGGUUCGAUCCUAAUCUGUAA